AUGGCCCCUCAUCGUUUCUGUGCGGGCGUUUUGCUCAGUGCUCUCCUGCUGGCUGUCCCUGGAGAGGCUGGUGCUUCUCAGAAAGUUUCCUCGCCGUCAAUUUCUGGCGCUCCGCUUUUUGAUAGCGAGAAGAUUCAAUUGACCGAUUGUGUUGUUACAAAUCUCAGCCAGAGUCAGUCGGCGUUGGUUGGAUUUGGCGGAAAUGGCACUAAUCAAACCACCCGUUCAUGGGGAGGAUGCAAAAUCUUCCCUGGUGAUCGCCAGUGGCCAUCGCAGUCUGUAUGGUCGACCUUGGACAAUCUUCUAGAUGGCGCACUCAUUAAGACAGUACCUCUAGCAGCUUCUUGCUACUCAUUGUGGCCGGAGUAUGACCAAAGGGAAUGUGAAAUCAUCAGCUCGCAGUGGACUGACUCAAACAUCCAUGCUGCAGACCCAGCGUCGGUUAUGUGGCCUCUGUUUGAAGGCAGAUCUUGUCUGCCGACGACAAAUGCCUCGGCAUCAUGCACUGUUGGCGGAUAUAGCACCUAUGCAGUGAAUGUGAGCAAUGUGGCUCAGAUCCAGCUUGCUGUCAACUUUGCGCGCAACACCGGUAUCCGGCUAGUCGUGAAGAACACCGGUCAUGACUUCAAUGGCAAGUCGGCUGGUGCUGGCUCGUUGGGUAUUUGGACUCAUAAUCUCAAGGAUAUCGAGUAUCACUCCAACUAUCAGAGUUCUGGCUACCGAGGACCGGCUGUCAAGAUUGGUGCUGGUGUACAGGCCUUCGAGGUGUAUGAAAAGGGCAAGCAGCUGGGAUUCACGGCGGUUGGUGGUGAAGGCAGGACCGUCGGGGUUGCCGGUGGCUAUGUUCUCGGUGGUGGCCACUCACCUUUGUCCAGCAAGUAUGGGUUGGCUGCCGACCAAGUCCUGGCUCUCGAAGUUGUGCUGGCUAAUGGCCGCUUCGUUACGGUGACCGAGAAGAAUGAUCCCGAUCUAUUCUGGGCUUUGCGUGGUGGUGGCGGUGGAACAUUUGGGAUUGUCACCUCGCUCAUCUCUCGCGUGUACCCAAAGACUGGUGUGACCGUGUCGACUUUUAAUUUCUCUACUGGAAAUAAUGUCACUGUAGAGACCUUCUGGGCUGGUGUCCGGUCAUACCUUGAUCGAUUCCCUGCUCAUGCCGAUGCCGGCACCUACGCCUACUUUUGGGUGAUGGCGACCGGACCGAACUCCUUUUCCUUCCUGAUGAAUCCCUUCUUCGCGCUCAACCAUACCGUGGAUCAAUUCAAUGCUCUCAUAAAGCCAUGGUACGAUGAGCUGCACGAUCUGGGCAUCCCAAUCCAACCAAACUCAACCUACUACGAUAAUUUCCACGAUGGUUGGACGGCAGGAUUCCCUCUCGAGACCGUUGCCUCUUCAGAAAUGAUGACCGGCUCUCGUCUCUUCCCUCGUGCAAACUGGGAGAAUCCCACAACGCUGAACUCGACCUUUAACGCCUUGCGCGCCACGGUCAGUUCGGGCUUCCCCUUGCUUGCAUUCAACAUGAAGGCCGAGCUGCUGGAGGGCAAUUCCCCCAACUCAGCCAACCCAGCUUUCCGCGAGACUUUGAUGCACGCUAUCACAUCUACCAGCUGGACGAAGACUACUUCGAAUGCAGCCAUCAAGUCCAAGAUGGAUUAUUUCACCAAUGAGGUCCUGGGCAAGUGGCGCUCUACCUGCCCAGACGCUGGUGCAUACAUGUCCGAGUCGGAUAUCCAGGAGCCGAACUUCCAGCAGGCAUUCUACGGUACCAACUAUGACCGCUUAUAUGAUCUUAAGCAGCGCUAUGAUCCGACUUUCUUGUUCUACACGCCUACUGGAAUUGGGAGCGAGAACUGGAUUGUGAAGAGCCUUGAUGGACUUCCCGAUCAGAAUGGUCGUUUGUGCCACGUUUGA